AUGAAGUGCACAACCCACAUUUUAAAUUUGGUGGUCCAGGAUGGGUUAAGGUUUGCAGAUAGUUCUGUUAAGAAGGUGAGUGAUUCUGUUAGAUGGAUGAGGAACUCACCUGCAAGACUCAAAAAAUUCAGAGAUCUUGCAGAACUGCUUGGGUUGGAAGCCAAAAGUUCUUUACAACUAGAUGUUCCAACAAGAUGGAACAACACCUACAUGAUGCUUAGCACUGCCAUACAAUACAAGGCUGUGUUUGAUGCAUAUUCAUUGAAUGAGCCCUCAUUUGUUGCUGAUCUAGUUCUGUUGAAAGGGUUUUAUGAGAUGACAAUUAGAAUCUCUGGUUCUCUAUAUGUCACCUCUAACAGUUUCUUCAGUGAGAUAUCUUAUUUGAGUUGCAUGUUGAGUAGCAUGAUUGUUGCUGGUAGUGCUACAGAGGUUAUGGGAUCCCAAAUGAAAAGUAAAUUUGAAAAGUAUUUGGGAGAUCCUGAAAAAAUGAAUUCUUUGAUCUUCUUUGUCAAUAUCUUGGACCCAAGAGAUAAGUUGGAAUAUAUGUCAUACCAGUUUGAGGAACUGUAUGGUAAAGAUAAUGGGAAGAAGUGUUUAGACAAUGUUCAAGCUGCCAUGGUAGAAUUGUUUGGUGAUUAUGCAGCAACCUACUCUGUCAAUGUGCAACAAUCAUCUUCUGGUAGCCAACCAGAUGUGCCUCCUGUCCAGUCUCAUACCACAAUUGGUAGACCUCAAAAUAUGUUAAAGAACAAACUAAAAAUGCAAAAAAUGGAGGCUAGUGGAAGCUAUAAAGAAACAGAACUUCAAGUCUAUUUAAGUGAAAAAAUUGUGGUGGACACUCCUGACUUUGAUAUCCUUAGGUGGUGGAAGCUAAAUAGUGAGAGGUUUCCUACUCUCUCCAAAAUGGUAAGGGAUAUCCUAGCAGUUCCUAUUUCCACUGUUGCCUCAAAAAGUACAUUUAGUACUAGUGGGAGGGUAUUAGAUGCAUUUAGGAGUUCUUUAACUCCUAAAAUUGUGGAGGCCUUAGUAUGUGCACAAGACUAG